CGGCCCCCGCCGCUGCCACCGGGACCGGGGCCUCGCCCGCUCCGGGGCCGCGGGUGACACCGCCCCGACCCCGGCCCCGUGUCCCGCCCCUUGACCGGCCGCCACGUCAGCGCGGCCCCGCCCACCGCUCUCCGUCCCUUGCUCCAAGAUGGCGGCGGCGGCCGGGCGGGGCUGAGGCUCCCGCCGGUACCGGCAGCCCCGGCGCCGCCCCCUUCCCCCCCCCCCCCCCCACGUCGCGAUGCGGCCCCGCGGCGCCGCCGCCCCCCGCCGCCCGCGCUGACCGGGCCCCGCGGCCCGGGCCGGGCCCCGCCAUGCUGCGGCGGCUGCUGGAGCGGCCCUGCACACUGGCCCUGCUGGUCGGCUGCCAGUUCGCCUUCGUCGCCUACUUCUCCCUGGGCGGCUUCCGCAACCUCACGUCGCUCUUCGGCCGCGCCGCCGGGCCCGUCUUCGACUACUCGCGCACGCACGACGUGUACGCCAACCUGAGCCGCCUGCUGCCCGCGCAGCCCGCCCGCCGCGACCCCGCGCAGCCGCUGCCCUUCUGCCCCGAGCGAUCGCCCUUCCUCGUCGGCCCGCUGACCGUGAGCUUCAGCCGGGUGCCCACGCUGGAGCAGAUCCGUGCGAAGAACCCGGCGGUGCAGGAGGGCGGCCGGUACCAACCACCCACGUGCGAGCCCCGGUCCCGCACCGCCAUCAUCAUCCCGCACCGCAACCGCGAGACACACCUGGGGCACCUCCUCUACUACCUGCACCCCUUCCUGCAGCGCCAGCAGCUCCAGUACGGCAUCUACGUCGUGCACCAGGCCGGCAAUGCCACCUUCAACCGGGCCAAGCUGCUGAACGUGGGGGUGAAGGAGGCGCUGAAGGAUGAGGAGUGGGAUUGUCUGUUCCUCCACGAUGUCGACCUCAUCCCCGAGAACGACCACAACCUCUACACCUGUGACCCCUGGAACCCCAAGCACGUCUCCAUCGCCAUGAACAAGUUCGGAUACAGCCUUCCGUACCCCCAGUACUUUGGAGGGGUCUCGGCUCUCACCCCCGACCAGUACAUGAAGAUCAACGGUUUCCCCAACGAGUACUGGGGCUGGGGCGGGGAGGACGACGACAUCGCCACCAGGGUGCGCCUGGCCGGGAUGAAGAUCGCCCGCCCGCCCGUCUCCGUCGGCCACUACAAGAUGGUGAAGCACAAGAGUGAUAAAGGCAACGAGGAGAAUCCCCACAGGUUCGACCUGCUGAUCCGCACGCAGCGGAUGUGGACGCAGGACGGGAUGAACUCGCUCACCUACACGCUGCUGGCCAAGCACCUGCACCCGCUCUACACCAACCUCACCGUGGACAUCGGCACCGACCCCCGCGCCGGCCGCAGCCAGCGGGGCCUGGGGCUGAGCCUGGAGGGCCAGAGGUACCGCAGCAGCACCAGCCUCUUCCGAGAGGAGAUGCUGCGUAAGCUGCCCCGGGACGGCGCAGCGUGGGGGGACCAGGGGCUCUCCCCACGGCUCCCGGCAGCCACCGCGCCCCAGCCACGGGUGGGAAACGGCACCGGCAACCCCCCGGCGCCGGGGAUCACCCAGCGCAGCCCCGAGGCCGCCAUGGAGGGCGAUGCCCAAGCAGGUCACAGCGCUGGCAGGGCUGUGGCACAGGAGGAGCCCGGGACCCUCCCGUCCCGUGGGGACAACCAGAGCCUGCCACAAGCUACCCACUAGCCACUGGCCACCAUGGCCCCCACGUGGACUCUGCUGUUACCUAGCACGGGGAAGAGACCCUCGUCAGGGUUGUGGUUGUGCUGUGGCCCCGCUGGAGAGACUGGGGGGAGCAGCGAGCCUUGAGGGCAACCGCUGGCCAUGGGGCCAGUGCCUGGUAGAGCGGGGCACCCCCAGGAAGGGGUGCGGAGGCACCGGGGCCGGGGCUGCCCUGGCGGGCUCCGCUCAGACUGCGGCUGCUGCAGACAGGCUCAGGCUGCGCUGCCGGCGCAAGAGUAUUUAUUCUAUUUAUGAGCUGCUCCCUGGACCUUUGUAAGGGUUUUUCAAUUAAAGAAAACACUUUGUCCUACUGA